CACGCGCGCGUAAGCCCGCACGCUCGCGAUCUGGGUCCCGCGGGACCAGGCGACCGGUAGGGACCGGAGGUGACUAAUUCCGUUCGCGCGUGGAUAUUACUUUCGGGCCUAAUCGUUUUUUGCGAUGGCAGAGUGGGUCUAGCCUCACGAGGGCGAGUUUAGAAUUUGUAACCGGAUCGGCGAUAUUCGAGUUCAAACGCAAAUGAUGAACUGGCGAGCGAGUGUCAGCCUAUCGACCUAGCCACGUCUAUUGAUUGCCUCCAGUGGCUCAAGCACUUCGAAACCGCCGUCACACCACCACCUGUGUUUUACGCACGGAGCGAAGGCGGCCUCAUGACUCACUCUGGUCGAGAGCAUCCCGGAAAACAUGACGUUCGACUCACGGCACAGGUCGCACGUGUCCGUCUUCGAGGGCUGGAUGACCUUACUUGACCUUGCAGAGGAGAGCAUAGAUAUAGCCUCUUCCUACUGGACGCUCAGAGGGUCUGAUGUUCCACAGGUGAAGGAUCCCUCAUCGUGGCAGGGCGAGAAGAUAUUUGAAAAGCUUGUGAGGGCUGGAAAGGAACGUGGCAUCAAGAUUCGAAUAGCACAAGAUCAACCGUCAGAAUACCAACCAGACAUAGAUACACAGGAACUGCAUGACAUGGGUGUAGCCCAGGUCAGAUCACUAAACUUUAACAAGUUGAUAGGUGCCGGGAUAUUACACACGAAGAUGUGGCUGGUGGAUAAUAAACACUUCUACAUAGGCAGUGGAAAUCUAGACUGGCGGUCACUAACGCAGGUAAAAGAAUUGGGAGCUGUAGUGUACAAUUGCACCUGUCUGGCUCAGGACUUAGCAAAGAUCUUCGAGGUAUAUUGGUACUUGGGAAGACCAACCGCUCAAAUUCCAGACAGGUGGCCAGUAGAGUUUGAGACAGCGUACAAUCUAACGAUGCCUCUCACUCUUAGCUUCAACGAGACGACCAGUACAACAUUCCUAGCUAGUUCACCACCGCAACUGUGUCCCACGGGUCGAUCGACAGACAUUGAUGCCAUAAUCCACAUCAUUCAGUCCGCAAAGAGAUUCAUUUACAUAGCAGUCAUGGACUACUUCCCUACAUAUCUUUACACGUAUCCCAGGCGCUUCUGGCCCGUGAUUGACAACGAGCUUCGCCGUGCGACGCUGGAAAAGGGUGUCGAUGUCCGACUGAUGGCUAGCUGGUGGAACCAUUCACGACCGGACCUGCCCAAAUAUCUGCUCUCACUGCAGGUGCUGACAGGGGCCUUACGCGCCAACGUGGAGACCAAAUUAUUUGAGGUACCAAGUACAGAUGCUCAGAGAAAAAUACCUUAUGCCAGAGUGAAUCACAACAAAUACAUGGUUACAGAUAAUGCAGCAUAUAUAGGUACAUCAAACUGGUCCGGAGACUACUUUGUAAGUACUGGAGGCAUAGGCUUCAUAGUGAAUCAGACAGAUUCAUCGUGGAAUACAACAUCACCGAAUGGACAACCAAUUCGAGAGCAACUGCAGGCAAUCUUUGAGCGUGAUUGGACAUCGGCCUAUGCUCACCCAAUUGAUAAGUAUUUACCAGCGCUUUCAGUGAGAUCCUAGCCACUUCAUACUAGAUUGAUGUCUAUUAUAGUGCAUCAAUCCAAUAUCUCUAGGAAAUGUACGUCAGAAAAUAAUCUUCGGAUGACUGACUACUUAUUGAAGUAUUUUUCCAGAGUUACUCGUGCUCAACCCUAACUUGAAUUUUUUAGCGGCAAGUGAGGACUAAUAAAAUAUGCAUUUGUUUAUUGGAGGAUGGGAGGGAGGGGAUUGAGUUGGAUGGGAGGGGAAAACUGUAAUGGACUCUCUGAUAGAGCGAUGAGAUGUGUAUUUUCUUUAACAUAACAAGGUUUCACAUUUGUAACCACUGAUUCUCGACUAUCACCUCCUAUCACUCGAAAUUGAUGCACAAAUCUUGUACAUAUAGUUUUCAUGAUAAUGAGGCCACGACUUUUUAAAAAUUAGCCACUGUGGUUGGCUGUAUAUUAUCAGCCAAUUUCAAAAACCAAGAGACUAUAUGCUAGCUUUAGUAAAAUACUUUAAUCCUAAAACUUCUAGCAAUUAACAGUAAAAUAUUAUACUGCACCACUGUAGUAGUAAAUAAUUUCCUGACCAUCUUACGGGAUCUUUCACUUAUCAAUCACAUAUCACGUCAUGAAAUCAACAUCACUUAGUUACAUGUUCGUGUUUAUACGUAUAGUUUUUAUUGUAUAUGAAGUGUAUGUUCCCCCUGAGCUGCAGACCUGCCCAUCUGCUCAAUACGGCAAACGGUUUGGCUUUUCUUCCUGUACAUCGAACAUAUUAAAUCACCCAAUGCAACCGCCUUCGACUGGUUCGUAGUCGCUAGGGGCUUCUGAUAGAUUAUAUUACUACCCCCACAUGAACAUAUCUAUAGAAAGUAGCUGUAUAAUCUAUAUAUACUGUAUAGAUAUGUUCAUGCUACCUGCCAGAUAGCAUCCUGUGAGCAGUAGUCUGCUCUGCUAUUUAGCGAGUAUUGCUUGCUUGCUAUAAAACCAAAGAUGUGGUCACUUUACCCACGUGUAAUAGUAAGUUAAGCUGUUAUCAGUGAUGUUGUACGUGUUACAGCCACAUACAUCCUGCUCAUUCGUGUUAGCUUAUUCAGUUGGGGCAUGCUCUAAUAUUGACAACCAAUAGAGGGUGCCACUUACCAAUAUCCUUGCAAUUUACAACCAAUACGUUCACCAAGAUUAUUAUUCGUUCUAUUCUUUGCUCUCAGGCACUCUAAAUUUUGGCUAGAACCCCCACCCCACCCCAACCCCACCCAACCGACGAUUGAUGCCGCCUGCUUGGGACGUUGCAGCAAUCAGCUAACACAUUGCCGCAUUACAGUUACCGAAGCUGCCUUGUCAGCGCUCACGCAGAAGCUUAAUAAUUUGUUGCGCGUGGUAACUCGAAGUAAACAUGCCAUCCUCUGGUUUGUGUAUACAUACAAGCAUGCCGAUUUUUGUCCCUAUAAAUCACAGGUUCAUUAUCCCUUUCAAUUAACAAAAUUCCUCUUAACAAAAUUAUUUCGUGUUAACUUUGUAGUUGAACCUAGUAGCUAGCAGGUUAACACAGGAUUUGUAUUGCCAUUCUCUUUUCAAGAAGUACAUGAAACUAUAAUAAUUAUAUAUAUACAUUAUAUAUAUAUAUAUAUAGAGAGAGAGAGAGUGGGGGGGGGAGGGCGAGAUAGAUAGAUAUAGAUACAUAUGUAUGUUUGUGUGUGUAUACGUUCUCGUAUUUAAACUUUCAUUUUUAAAUGGGAUUAAUGUUAGAUUUAUAGUGGGUGCUAAUAAUACUAUGUACAUUUUGUAAAUAUUCUAUUGUAAUUUUCUAUUGCUGUUUGAAAAUGUAUGUCGGUAAGUCUGUGUUGUUCAUAUUAGUUGCUUAUGUAAUUGAAAGUUUGUUAAAAUAACCUAUGCUAACACUGGCAAAUGGUUUGAAAACAGAUGUUUGACAUUCAUUGAAUGUACAUCGAUUUAUCUCUCAUGCUUGUACUAUGUGUUUUUGCUAAUACUGUAAUAGAUACGUUUAUAUUAUGAUAAGAUUUUUCGGUAUUGCGGUCCAAACGAUAAUCUAAGAGAGAUUAUUACAGAGAGCAAUAAGAAGUAUGUAGAAACACUGAAAUUAAUAAGGUGGCUAUACUAAAUAACAAA